UAUGUAAGAUAAGAGAGACGAACACACAUACAUGGCUAGGUUGGCUGAAUAAACUGAAAGAUGGGAGGAUAUGGUAAUAUAAGUAAUUCAAUAAGUAGGUUGAGAACAUGAGGAAGGUAGCAGAGAUUACUAAAGAUUUGAAUAAUGAAGAGAGAAAUCUACUUUCAAUUGCAUAUAAGAAUACAGUAGGAUAAAGGAGAACUGCUUGGAGAGCAAUUACUGCUUAUGAGAUUAAGGAGAAAUAGAAGGUAUAAGUAGAGUGGAUAAGUGAUAGAUUGUGAAAUAUUAAGAAGUACUUUAAUAUUACAAGGCAAGAGUAGAGAAAGAAUUAGAUUAUUAUUGCAAUGAGGUUUUGUAGUUGAUAGAUCACACUCUAUUGAAGAAGACAGCUAACACUGAGGCUAGAGUAUUUUAUCACAAAAUGAAAGGAGAUUAUAAUCGAUACAUUUCAGAAUAUUCAUAAUAAAAGGCUUAGGAGAAAGCAAUUUAAUAAGCUUAGUAGGCGUAUUAGACAGCAUUGGAAUUAAUUGAUAAGGACAAGUUUCCAAAAACUAAUUUAUUAAGAUUAGGAGUUACUCUCAAUUAUUCAGUGUUUUGUUAUGAAAUAAUGAGUGAUGUUGCUAAGGCAUGUGAAUUGGCAAAGACAGUAAAAGAUGAAGUAUUAAUUUAAAUAAUAUAUAAGGCAAUUAAAGAAUUAGAUGAUAUGGAAGAAGAUCAAUAUAAAGAUGUGACCACAAUCUUACAAUUGAUAAAUGACAAUCUUACUAAUUGGUAAGCUGAGUUACCAGAUGAAGGAGGGAAAAAAUGAA